AUGAGUAGCCAAACCCCACCACCAAAAUACAUCCAUGAAGACCACCAUGACCAUCCUGCUCUGCUUCCAGUGAUGGACCUUCCCGUCAUCGAUAUCAGCCAACUCACUACUGCAGAAGCAGAUCAGAACCUCCGAUCAGCUCUAAGCGAAUACGGUUGCAUCAUGAUAACAAACCAUGGAGUGGAGAGCUGGUUGCUGGAGAAAGUUGGGAUGGUGUUCAAGCAAUUCGUGGCUCUACCAGAAGAAGAGAAGCUGAAAUGCAAGAGGGAAGCUUUUCAAGGCUUUGGAGCUGACCCUGCCCUAGCUGGAGAUCUGCUUCCUGUUGAUUGGUCUGCUAGAUUGGUCCUCAAUGUGCUCCCCCAAGAGUUUAGAGAACUCAAGUAUUGGCCUGAGAAUCCACCAGAGUUCAGGGAAGUUGUGGAUGAAUACGGGAGCAAGAUGGUAACAGUCCAUGAAGUCAUCCUGAAGGCACUGGCCAGGUCACUAAACCUGAAAGAAACCACCUUUCUUGACAAGAUUAGAGAGCCAUGGAUACUGUAUGCAAGGUUCAACUUCUACCCUCCAUGCCCGAGGCCGGAUCUCGUCUUCGGGCUCAAGCCGCACUGCGACGCCACGGUCCUGACGGUUCUACUGCAGGACAAGGAAGUUGAAGGCCUGCAGAUUGAGAAAGAUGGCCAGUGGUUCAGAGUUCCCAUCGUUCCAGGUGCCCUUGUUAUCAACGUUGGAGAACAACUUGAGAUACUGAGCAAUGGAGAGUUCAAGAGCUCGCACCAUAGGGCAACGGUGGAUUCCGAAAAACAGAGGACUUCUCUGGCUAUGAUCUGUCUGCCUAACCCGGAAGUGGAAGUUGGACCAGUUGAAGAGCUGGUGAGUGAAGAGAGGCCAUUGCUGUUCAGGAAGGUGAAAUAUGAAGAAAGUCUGCAGCUCCGUUACUAUCAGACUGGGAAGAGAAUCAUUGAUGAUGCAAGAAUUUGAAGUCUGAAACUUUCCAGGCUUUUUCAACUUACCCUGUUCUGGGUUUUUCACUUUCUGCAAUCUCAAUUAUGUUCUGGCAUUAUCCAUUUGUAGGAGAAAAUGAAAAGCUUUCUGUUUCAAGCCAAAAUCUGAUCUCAGGUAGGGUCUAAC